GCUGUCGCCGCUGUCGCCGCUGUCGCCGCUGCUGCUGCCGCCGUCGUCACCACCGUCGUUGCCACCACCGCGUCGUCAUCAUUGUCGUCGUCUCGGUUCUCUAUCUCUCUUUCUCUCGAGCGAGUGUGAACCGGCUGCGAGUCCGAGCCACCCGGACCCGGGAGUGAAGCCGAGCAGGAUGACGCGAAAAAAAUGUGUACCGCACCUACGUGGCGACUGAUGAGGCUGAAAUCGUGAGUAUUACGUAUACGCACAUUAUACGACACACUCCAAGGGCACCGCUCGCCGCUACCCCCGGCAGGCGAAGCCACCGAGCUCCAUCGUGCCGAAAGGCGAACAAGGGUGCACCACCCCCGCGACGGUAGGCGGCUGUCGUAGACGCAUUCGCGAAUUGAUCGGCGCUCCGGCAAGCGCGAGAGCACCGCAAUCCGAAAAUCGCGAUUGCGAGGCGUCUGUGUCGGAGAGAAACGGGGGAGAAGCCGCUGUUUCCAUCGAUUUUUUUCGGCUUUUCCGGCCGCAACAGGCGAGAGCUACAUCCGCGAGACCGUGAAGCUUGUUCAUUGAUCUCACGGCGUUGAGCUCACGGCGGAAUCUGACGUAAUCGCGAUUACGCGGAUUAUCGGAGCCCGUCCCCCCGGACGGGCCUGGAUGGGACUGUUCUUCGGCGCAGUUGUACGCAAUUAGGAUGGAGCACGCACACCCGCUCUCAGAGCUCCGGCAGAGGAUGAAGCCUUCGGCCGCUGGUCGUAGAUGUUGCUCAAUUCGUAACAUAUACGUAGUAUCGUGCCGUUUUCGCCUCUUUUAUAGUUGCACGUUUGAUUGAUUUUAUCCGCAGUGUGGUCCGCGCUCUUCGCGCUGCAGCUUAACAAGUAAUAAGUGCUUCGUGGUAGGGGGUAGAAAAUGUGAGACGACUUAGUGUUGUACUCAUUACCAAUUGACAUUCCGCGCGCAUGCUAGAAAAAGUGUCGUCCUUGUCGUCGUCGUCGUCGUCGUCGUCGUCGUCGUCGUCGUCGUCGUCGUCGUCGUCGUCGUCGUCGUUGCCGUCGUUAAUCGAGCCUCUCGCGCACUACGGUAGGUCUUAGAGGAUGCACAAGCUAGCCAAAGGCCUGAAGAAGAAGAAAAAGUCGAAGAAGGGCAAGAAGGGCGCGGAGGAGGAGGAGUUUGACCCGGAGGAGCUCGAGCGUUAUCGACGCGAGCGGGCAGAGGCCCAACAGAAAGCCGAAGAGUCCGGAGAGUCGGCCGGCAACACCGGAUCCGACGAGUGGAAGAAGUUCGCGGCACUGACAGCUGGCGUCGACUCGGUCUUGAAGAAGACCCAGGGUGACCUCGACCGGAUAAAAUCCACCUCGUUCUUCCAGCGGAAGGCGCCGUUGGUAGAGAAGAAGGUAGAGGAGGCGGCCAAUCAGGAAGACUCCAAGAAGUCAUCGUCCUCGAAGAAGUGGGUGGGUUUCGACGAGGACGGUAAUCCAAUCGAGGGCGCGCCGCCGGAGAUCGAAGGUCAGGCUAAGAAAGAGGAUAAACCUCUGGUCAACGAGGACGGUUUCGUAGACGUGCCGGAAGAUGAGAAUGAGCAGGAGGACUCGGCCGAUGAAGAUAUCUUCGACACCACUUACGUCGACGUUCUUCAGAAUAUCGACGUGCAAUUAGCAUACAUACCAGACAGCCCGACCGAGGAGGAGACUGGGGACGAUCCCUUCGACACUACCAACGCCGACAAAGUUCUUCGGACGGUCGAUAAGAAGGGUAAUAAGCUAGUCAGCCUAGGAAAUGCUGUCGAGGUCCUGUCGGGACGAAUCGAUUACGUAAGUACUUGCAAACUCACCAAGGACAGAAGACCCAGGGUCCAGCAGGAUCUGUUGCUGGACGAUUUCAACGAGGCGGAACAAACGGCGGAAGCCGCCGCGGUUGCUGCGGCGGAGCCGCUGGAGAUACAAAAGACUUUGCUGGAUGACGACAGCGAUCUUCCAGACAUCCCUGUCGACGACUUGACGAAACUACCGCCUGUUUUACCAAAACCGGUCACUCCCGUCGUCACACCUGCAGCCACCCUAGGCGACACCGCGACACCGAAUGCAGAGAAAACUUUGAACGGCCCGUUAGACAUCUCCGAGUUUGAGGUUCUGAAGGAAAAGACCGUCUUGGAAGAGAUUCCCGAUUUGGAUGACACCGAGUUUGAUCUAGAAACCGCGCCAGAUGAACCGAUUCGCCUCGAGGAGACAGACGAUCCGUUCGCGGCCAAGGAGCCUGACACGAACGACUUUCAGGCUGAGAUAAUCGAAGCCAGCUUCGAGGCGGCCACCUUCGUUGACGAGGCUGAUCCGUUUGACACCACUUUCGCGGACAACAUCUUGCCGGGUAAAACGGAGCUCAAGUUUAUCGAAAAGGAGCUAGACGAGCUGCCUGUCUCGGAGGUAUCCAUAUCACUGACCGACCCCGCGGGCUUCAACAGGGACUACGAGACCGGUUUACUCAAGUUGGACGAUGAGCAGAAGGACGAAGAACAAUCAUUCAAGAAGGAUCUGCUAGGUGACUCUACCACUGAUCUCAGUCAGUUGGCGGACCAACCGAUCGCGCCCGUCGAGGAGAUCACUUACGUCGAUCCUUUCGACACGUCCGCUGUGAAGGAACUUCCACCUGGCAAGACAGAGCUCAAGAUUCUGGAGAAAGAGCUGCUCGGCAAACAAAGCAGCGAUUACGUCGGAAACAACGACGACGACGACGACGACAACGACGACGACGAAGACGACGACUUCGAUCCGAGGAUAGAUGAAUCGGUGAAGCAGCUACCUGCCAAGCCGCCACCCCCUAGACCUCCCGCGCUGAUCAAGGACGAGUUUACAGUUGCAGUUGUUCAACCGGACGUGUGUCCCGAAGUCGAAGAGAUACCCACGAAUCUCGAGAGAAGGACAUCCCGACCGGCGGUGCUCGAGAUUUCGACCAAGGCGGUCGCGUUUGAACUACCGACACCGUCGAAGAGACCCGAUCUUCUCGCGACUAGCGAAGAGGAGAAGACUCUACCUUCUAAGCCGUUGACACCGUACUACUCGCAAAAAUCCUUGGAGGAGUCAUUGCCGUUGGAGGACGAGGAAGUGGAUGUCGAUCCGUUCGACACCAGUUUCGUCAAUAACGUCGCGCCAGGCAAAACCGAGCUCAAGCUCAUCGAAUCGGAGUUGCUGAAGCAAGAGCCCAAGUUGCCUCACAGCUUGAGCGAUCACGACUUCGAUCCCAGGUCUCACCAGGCAGAGCCUGGGAUCCGGAGACAAAGCGACUUCACGGCCACCUCGUUCGCGUCCGGAAACUUGAAACUCGCUGAGCUGCAGUCGUCUUGGAUUCAGAGGGUAGAAGAGGAAACGGUCUCGAAGCAGGAAUACCACCGACAAGAGAGCCUAUUAGACGCUGAGGUGGAGGUCGAUGCGAAGCCACUGACACCCAGGAUCGAGAGCAAGCCUAUCGAGGAGGAGAUCUCCUACGUGGAUCCUUUCGACACGUCCAUCGCGACUAACAUCCUCCCGGGCAAGGCGGAGCUCAAGAUACUAGAGAGCGAGUUGCAACAGAUUCCUCAGCAACCACCGCUGCCGUUGCCGAAACCCAUCAAUCUACCCGUGGUGGUGUCUACCGUCGCGUCGACGGUUCCGGAGAUCGACGAUUUCGAUCCUAGAGCGGGAGAAGAGAAAGUGUCCAAGGAUUUCUUGGCCUUGGACGAUCAAGAUCCCGGCGACAAAGUGUUGACGCCGCUUCAGAAUAAGGAUUUUACUUUGGACGACGAGGACGUGGAUCCUUUCGACACCAGCUUCGCCACCAUUGAGCCUGGACGGACGGAACUGAAGUUGCUCGAAUCAGAAUUGAUGAAAGCAGACUCUUUCGUCAUGGAUCCCAAGGGCGGAAACCCGUUCCUGAUGGACGAUUACGCGGCCGAGACGGCGGGCGGCUUGCCCGCGCAGGGUUCCAAUCCUUUCCUGCAGGAUUUCAGCGACGCGGCGAGUUCCGGCGUGGGCGAGAAUCCCUUCUUGAAUUUCAGCAGCGAGCAGACAUACGAACCACCGGCGGUGUCCGUCGACUCCACUAAUCCGUUCGCCUCUUUCGGCAUGGAAAGUACCGCGUCGGAUGCCGAAUUCGGCGCGACAACAACCAAUACACCAGCAACCAAUGUAUUCACUAGCCAAGCAUCCAACAUCUUCGUCAACACGUCCGACAGCGCGAGCGUGGACCUCUUCGGCGUGACCACGACGUCGAAACAGUCGACGUCGACGAUGGUGAGCGCGCCACAGCCGCAGGCGGCGACGCCUCCGUCGAAGAACGGUGGCAGGCUGCCACCGUCGAGACCACCGCCACCGAGACCACAACCACCGGCACCGCCCGUUAAGAACACAAAGGACCUCAUACUGUCCGUUACCGGGGCGAUGGACGCGACCUCGAACCAUCUUCUCGACCGUUUGCAGGCGACCCGAACUCCCAGUCCCACUCUGAUACAUUCCCCGUCACCCACCCCGGAGCACAGCUUCGCGGAUCUUCUGGACGUGGACAGCAACGUGCCGGACCUGAUCCCGGAUGACAGCAAGUGCGUCGAGCCGCCGAAAAAUCAGGACAUUAUGGACCUCUUCGACGCACCCAACACGGACGUCAUUGCGACCGCGAUCUUUUCCACUUCCAUGACCAACACGGCUACCACCAGCCUCGACAAUCCCUUCGCGAGCAUGACCGAAGAGCCGGUGCCAGUUAUUGCCUCGCAAGCGCAAUCUGCUUUCGAAAUGGAUUAUCCGGAGAGUGACAUCAGCAACGAGAAACGAGCGUCUGUGAGCUCCGUAACCUCCUUCACGGACAUCGAGACGGAAGUUGCAAAUUCUGCUGGCGUCGUCGUGAACCUCGAGGAGCCCGCCGCUGCGGCUCAACUUUCGUCGACGACAACAGCCGCCGGACUUUUCCAAGAGGCAGAACAGAUUCCCACCGGCGCCGACGCAGAUUUCUUCUCCAUGACCGACACCACCGCAACGGCGCCAUUCGGCGUGACCGAAAUCACGUCAGCACCCUACUCAGCAGCCGCGGUUACUCAACCCUUGUUCGCCACGCCGGAAGUCACGCAGCCUGCUCAAGAUACUUUCGCCUCGGAUCUGCUCGGUGAUUUCGAAGAGACGACGAAAGAGAUUGCCGGUGGCUUGAUCUCCACCAGUCCCAUCCCUGGAGCGGAGUUCCCCGGCAACGAAGCUUACCGGCCCGAGGAAGAGUUGGACAACUUUGCCGCUGCGACGAAGGCGAUCGAGGACACUGGCGAUUCGUUCGACGCAUUCGCGUCCAAAUUCGACAAGGCCGCCGAGCCGGAAGCCAACGGAGAUCCCUUCCUGGACGCCUUCGGCGGUGGACCAACCGCCAUGGAUACUUCCAGCGAUGUCUGGGGAGACUCAUCCGCGGCUGGCUCGGAAACGACGGUCACCGGCUUCGGGGAAUCCGAUGGCUUCGACUCGUUCUUGAGUAUGACAGCUCCGCCGCAAGAUAUGAAGGUGAAAAAGUCCGAGUCCGCAGAGUCGGACGAGGAGCCGGAUUUCAGUGUGUUCAUCAAGCCGAAGGAAGGGGAUCAAAUCGCAACAACGGAGACUGGACAUGUGCCCACAUUAGCGCCACCACCGAAAAGCCCGCAGAUAGCCUCGUAUACGGAUUCCUCGCCGCGUUUCAAUCCGUUUGAUAAAUCCGGAAUUGCGCAAGACGCUGCGGUAUCCGAAACUGCUCAGGCAGCCGAAAUGGCCAGGACCGAUUCGCAGGAAACGCCACCUACUCCUUUGUUCGACGAGGACAUGAGCCAACCGCUCGAGGACUUCCCGAGGGUGACCUACACCGGCGAUGGUUGGGAUAUGCAGUUGCGGCAACCGAACAAGAAGAAGAUCACAGGGCAACGAUUCUGGAAGAAGAUCUUCGUCAAGUUGGUCUUUCAGGGCGAUAGUCCGACCCUUCAAUUGUUCAACAAUAAAGACGACAACAAUAAAGAUCCGUUUCAAGAAUUACCUCUGCUCGCCUGUUACUCGGUGUCGGACAUUGGCGCUCAACAGUUCGAUCAGUAUGGAAAGAUCUUCACGGUAAAGCUGCAAUACAUCUUUUACAAAGAGAGGCCUGGCGUGCGACCCGGCCAAGUGACGAAGGCGGAAAGGCUCACGAACAAGCUCAGCCAAUUCGCAGCAUACGCCAUUCAAGGCGACUACCAAGGGGUCAAGGAGUUUGGGAGCGAUCUGAAAAAAUUGGGUCUUCCUGUUGAACACGCACCUCAGAUCUCACAGUUAUUCAAGCUUGGUUCCCAAUGUUACGAGGACAUGAAGCAAUUUUCCUGCGCUAUCGAAGAAGCUCUCUUCAAGUUAUCGGCACACCGAGAUCGAGCGUUAAAUUACAAAAUGGAGGAGGUUCAGAUAACGGUUGUGGAUGAACUGUACGUCGAGCAGAACUCGGAGGGUCACGUAGAUAAGCAAAUCGCACGUGUUCGUCUCUUCUUCCUGGGGUUCCUUUCUGGUAUGCCCGAUGUAGAAUUAGGAAUAAACGAUAUGUGGCGGCAGGGUAAGGAGGUUGUAGGUAGGCACGACAUCAUUCCCGUCGUAACGGAGGAAUGGAUUCGCCUGGAGAACGUCGAGUUUCAUGCGUGCGUCCAGCAGGACGAGUACGAAAAGUCGCGGAUAAUCAAGUUCAAGCCGCCAGAUGCAUGUUACAUCGAACUGAUGCGGUUCCGUGUAAGACCGCCUAAGAACAGGGAACUGCCGCUUCAGCUAAAAGCUGUUAUGUGUGUUACCGGGAACAAGGUGGAGUUGAGAGCGGAUAUUCUCGUGCCGGGUUUUGCCUCCAGGAAACUAGGUCAAAUACCGUGCGAGGACGUGAUGGUUCGGUUCCCUAUACCCGAGUGUUGGAUUUAUCUCUUCAGGGUGGAGAAGCAUUUCAGGUAUGGCUCGGUGAAAUCGGCGCACCGAAGAACCGGCAAAAUUAAGGGUAUCGAGAGAUUCCUGGGCGCCGUCGACACGCUGGAACCGCAACUCAUGGAGGUCACUUCCGGUCAGGCAAAAUACGAACAUCAACAUCGCGCUAUCGUGUGGAGGAUGCCCAGGCUGCCGAAAGAGGGUCAAGGCGCGUACACGACGCAUCAGUUGGUUUGCCGUAUGGCUCUCACCUCCUACGAUCAGAUCCCUGAAAAUCUCUCGGAAUAUUGUUACGUGGAAUUUACAAUGCCGGCGACGCAGGUGUCCCACACGACCGCGAGAAGCGUCAGCCUCCAAAACAGCGACAGCGACGCGCCUCCGGAGAAGUAUGUCCGAAAUUUGUCGCGUCACGAAUACAGGGUGGGCAUCGAGCACACGCAGGGCGAAGGACCAGGCGCGUACGUCUCGGCGACGCUCACGAAGAAGAUACCAGAGUCCACGCCGGAAGUUCACAGCGAAGUGUCCGACACGCCGGCCGACUCCGAUUCCGACUCCUCGGAGUAAUGUGGACGAUCAUCGUCGCGCUCGGUCGGCAUCGAUCGAUCAUCCGUGUGGUGAUAAUUAACAGGCAGCCAAGGGAGCUGGCUAAUAGGCGAACGCCUAUUACGUAAGUCGAUCGGUAAAGAGAGUACACGGCAGGUUCUAGUCGCUUAAGAAGGUGAACAUAGGUACUACAUCAUGUACGUGUUACUAGUCUGUACGCAGAGAGAAAAUGCGCGCGAAUCGGUCGCGGGGUGUUUCGUAAGUCGCCUCGGUGAUUAUAAUCAAUGGCAGAUCAUCGUUCGUUCGCUACAUGCGAAAGCGUAACACUUGGCGCGCGAGCCCGUUCAUCGGCUCGGAAUCGGCGAGUGUGACGGUCGGUUACGACCGAACAAAAUGGAACCAGGUCGGUAAAGACUGAGAUUAGUCGAUUUACAAUAAAAGCAUCUUGUAACCCGGCACGAAACCGGCCGAUCUCGUUGAGCUCGUUUGAACGGCGCUACUUAAAGUGGUGCACGCGCGCACACACACACACACACACGCACACACACACACACCAAAGAGAGAUAAUCCGCCCCGCCGGAGAUUUCUCGCUCAGCAAAAACUCAGCAAGCGUCCAUCGAAUUAUCCUCGAUUCGAUUGCACCACGACUUUCCCUCAAAAUUCAAUCGGCUCGACUGGGGUGCAGACUGGGAGGAGCUUCACGAGACAUCUCGUCCGCAUUCGCGCGUGAUAUAGUGGUUAAGUGGACGAGUAAGUAACAGGAAAAUAACUUGUAAGGGUGGACAAUACCGCUUUUUCGUUCCGUUUAGCUUAUUAAGUCGUAGAACACUCGCAGUGGAAGGCUUUGUGUUUGUGGACGCGUAUGUCCAUGACGUUUCAAAGGCUCGUCAACGUUCUCCUCAAGGCGAGCUUAGAUGAUGAAGACUCUGACCGCAGACUCUGUUGCACUCUCUUACGGACGGACGGACGGGUAAUUGGAUUCUUCGUCUGAACAUCAUUGUCUGAACGUUCAAAACAUUUCGAGCAAGGAUAAGGUGACUUUAUUGAGUUCUCCAACGAAAGCGACGGAAGUGUCGCUCGUACCGAAAGCAUGUACGCCGUACGUACAUGCAUAUUGCGUCGUUGCGAUCAGAGGGCAAUAGUUUGUUAGAUGUCGUUACGGUUCUUCUUUUUUUUUUUAC